GUAGAGGACUUGCACAUCAAACAGAAGUCUAGACCAUCGGACAAGCGAAAAUGGGAGCCAGAUUAUUUGUGUUGUUUUUCGUCUUCAUGGCAGCACAGAGGGCUGGGGCAAUAAAAUGCUACCUGUGUGCAAGCUUCCAAAUAGCAGGUGUUUCCUAUCCCAACGACGGCAAUGCCGACUGCGCUAAUUUUCCACCCAGUACUUACAAAGCCAAUGUAACCUGUGACACGUUGAUUGGUCCUUCAACACUGUGUGCCACAAUUGCCGGAACACUUAAGGGUCCAGUACCGAUCGAUGAUGGAACACUCAGGGCGUGUGCCCCGGGGACAUUGACGGAACCGCAGUGUUUUAUGGGUGAGGACGCGACAAAGGUGAUCAAGCAGCAUUUUGCCCUUCCACAAGGAAGUACCUUCGACGGGUCAGUCUGCCUCUGCAAAGGGGAUUAUUGCAACGGCGUCAGUGCAGUCCGCCCUCUGGCGGCUGUAAUCGCCUUAGUCCUUGCCACUAAGCAGUUCCUCGUCUAGAAGCCAGUCGCUCCCUGUAACCGAGUUGGCGCAUUAAGGCGGAAAGAUCCGGGGAGGCCAUCCAGCUGUCUCUACCAAUUGUUCUUCAUAUCAAUUACACCCUUAAUAGGAUUAUCAUUCUCUUGUUUAUGUUUGAAUGUCGUAGAAGCUAUUACAAAAUCUAAAGAAACAUGUUUUAUUGAUCAUAUUCUUUGUUUUAACCCUAUGAGAUCUAAAUGACUUUUCGAGUAUACAGAGUAUUUUUUGCAUAAACAAUGAUGUUUUUGGAAAGGGAAGGGAAAAUGUGUCACUGUCCAUUGACAUCGAGAUGAAGAAAAUACAUGCAGGGUUAUUACAGAAUGUGUUAGGCACGAAACUGAGUUUUAUGCUCAAAUGGCAAUGACAGUAUGCUUGGAAGUCAUUUCGUUCUUGUCAGAUGCUUCACAUCUCUUAUGUUUUUAGUACAGUUUAUUAUGAAUUUUCAGUUUCAUUCGAAGACAAAUUGAUAUAGUAUCUAUCUGUGGUAUUUCAUCGAGCCCAGACUUUCCCCCUAACAUAUGAUACUGUUUUAAGAUACCAAUAUUGACUGCUUUAUCUCGUGGUAUGGUAAAAAUAGCCUCUCAGGGUGAUCCAUGGAGCUUUUUUCCCGUACCAGAGGGAAACUAGAAUGACCUUGGGGUCCCACUUUUACCGCACCACGAGAUAAACCAGUCAAUAUUUGUUUUAUAAUUAAAACUUUCCCAACAGCAUUAGCUUGAUUUAUGAGAUAACUGGUCAAUUUGAUCUGAGUACAUAUAAAAGGUACGUUGAUUGAGAAAUAAAUUUAAAUGUACCAGCACUUUUCCAAGCAACAUCUUCACAAAAUAGUUGAACCCAUCUGUGUAACACUAGCACUUUGAUUGCGCCUAACUCGCAGCAGGCAACGAACACAUCACUGCAUGCGUGUGCAUACCAAUGCCGUUGGUCAUGCGUAUAGUUUUUUGGUUGCUAAAGGUUGAAUUUUUUAUUCAGCCGUGAAAAACAAGAUAUGUUAAAUAGUGGAUGCCAUGUGACUAGCUCUAGGCCAAUCAAGGCACAGGAUCUGUGGGUAAGGUGUUAUAAUUUAAUUUCUGGCAGUAAUUAUUUGAGCGCGUUUUACUGUUUUUCUCCAGUUUUGAAGUGUUUUGUUUUUACUUCUGAUGGCAGUUUACUAUUGUUUAUUUCAUGAUCACACGCUGUUAAAAUUUCUCUCUUUCCCUGCAGUGUUGCUGUUCCUUUACACAUAUACUUGUAUCAGUCGUUUCUUUACGAUUUAAAUUCCAAUUUCUUUUCUUUUUUACGUGUUUUAUGCAACAAUUGGCCCCUUGAAAAGAAACUGUGUUUGAAAAGGUUAUCUUGACUGUAAAAAGUUCCCAAUUACUGCUCAUUCAUGCUGCAUAACCGAUUUGUUAACGAUUAAAGCGAUGGGAAGGACUAAGGACAAUAUCAUGGACUCCAGUUACUUGCUACAAGACCCUAAAUGAAUAAUUGGCAAGCUGCCAAGAACUGAUACCUCUGGGAUAGCGGACAGUUUACAGAGGCUUAAUGAAGCAGACGAUCAUUACCGGAGUGAACAUUUGGAGACGUUGGGAAAGAAUUUAGCCUCUAGGUGAAGUCAUAUAUCAAGAUCGUUUACGGAAGUUUUAACUUAUUCAGAACACCAUACGCCAUUUCAUCAUCGACGCAUCAAGGACUGCUAAAGAACGAUGCCCAUUGUAUUGGGAUAUUCAUAAAAGGUGUCAGUUGAAAUGUUUGGACUCCCUGAAUUUUGUUGUUAUGUUACUAUGUGCGCUGAGUCAUGUGCCAAUUGUGGGAUAUAGGUAAAAUGGCUUAACUGGCCACUUGCAAACAACUUCCUUCCUUAUGGCUAAUAUAAUAAAGUGCAUG